CAUUAUCUGGAAAGAUUUGUUGAGUACCUUUUCUGUGCCAGAUAUGUUAGGUAAUAAGCAUAUUACAGGUAGCCUGUCACUCACGGCUCCAGUCAGCCCUUCCUGGAGUUCCCUCUGUCUCCACCACACAGAUGAGGAGACUGAGGCUGAGGGAUUGAAUCACCAGGCGAGUCAGGGGAGGUUCGUGACCCAGAAUCUGUCGGGCCUCGCUGCUCCUCUGCUGAGGUCAGCCCUCACUGGGAGUCACCACGUGAGGAGUUGGCUUUCUCUGAAUCCCCCAGUGGGUGGAUUUGGGCCUGGAAGACAAAGCUGGGGCUCCUGUUUGUGGCUUGUAAGGAGUGGUUGGUGUUUCCAGGGAGGAAUCAAUGCUGCUCUGGGGAACAUGGAGGAGGACAACUGGAGGUGGCAUUUCUACGACACCGUGAAGGGCUCCGACUGGCUGGGGGACCAGGAUGCCAUCCACUACAUGACGGAGCAGGCUCCCGCCGCCGUGGUCGAGCUGGAAAAUUACGGCAUGCCGUUUAGCAGAACUGAAGAUGGGAAGAUUUAUCAGCGUGCAUUUGGUGGACAGAGCCUCAAGUUUGGAAAGGGCGGGCAGGCCCAUCGGUGCUGCUGUGUGGCUGAUCGGACCGGCCCCUCACUAUUGCACACCUUGUAUGGAAGGUCUCUGCGAUACGAUACCAGCUAUUUUGUGGAGUAUUUUGCCUUAGAUCUCCUGAUGGAGGACGGGGAGUGCCGUGGUGUCAUCGCACUGUGCAUAGAGGACGGGUCCAUCCAUCGCAUAAGAGCAAAGAACACUGUUGUUGCCACAGGAAUUCACAGGACUACCAUGUGCUCCAGCAACCCCAUUUCUGGGUGUAUAUCCAAAGGGCAUGAAAUCAGAAGCUCAAAGAGACACCUGGACCCCCAUGUUCAUUGCAAUGUUGUUCACAGUUCCCGAGAUGUGGAAAAAAUAAAAUACAAAUGGAAGUUGUUUCCAGAGGUUACGGGUGCACCUACUUCUGCCCACACCAGCACCGGUGACAGCAUGGCCAUGAUCACCAGGGCAGACCUUCCUUGCCAGGACCUAGAGUUUGUUCAGUUCCACCCCACAGGUAGGGCAGGAUACCUUGCCUGGCAGGCGUUCCACUCACAUGUGUCUUGUAAGCUGUACUUGUGUUUGUUCUGUCUUCCCAGAGGCUGUGACCCUGAGAAAGAUCACGUCUACCUGCAGCUGCACCACCUGCCUCCGGAGCAGCUGGCCACGCGCCUGCCCGGCAUUUCAGAGACAGCCAUGAUCUUCGCCGGUGUGGACGUCACGAAGGAGCCGAUCCCUGUCCUCCCCACCAUGCAUUAUAACAUGGGCGGCAUUCCCACCAACUACAAGGGGCAGGUCCUGAGGCACGUGAAUGGCCAGGAUCAGAUUGUGCCCGGGCUGUACGCCUGUGGGGAGGCCGCCUGUGCCUCGGUACAUGGUGCCAACCGGCUCGGGGCAAACUCGCUCUUGGACCUGGUCGUCUUUGGUCGGGCAUGUGCCCUGAGCAUCGAAGAGUCAUGCCGGCCUGGAGAUAAAGUCCCUCCAAUUAAACCAAAUGCUGGGGAAGAAUCUGUCAUGAAUCUUGACAAAUUGAGAUUUGCUGACGGAAGCAUAAGAACGUCGGAACUUCGACUCAGCAUGCAGAAGUCAAUGCAAAAUCAUGCUGCCGUGUUCCGUGUGGGAAGCGUGUUGCGAGAAGGUUGUGGGAAAAUCAGCAAGCUCUACGGAGACCUGAAGCACCUGAAGACGUUUGACCGGGGUGAGCAGACAGCACAGCGGGCUCUGUGA